CCCCUUCAAAAGCUCUCUUAUCUCUCUCUCCCUCUUCCUCUCUCUAUCUCUAUCAAAUUAGGGUUUGCUGGUUAUCAAUUCCACUGAUAAACCCUUUUCGAUUUUCUCAUCCCAAAUGGGUUCGCAGAGAGAGACCAAGUUCUUGCAGGAGCUCAUGCUCUACGCCGCGAGCGCUGCCCUGAGCUACCUGGCUAUCGUCGUGGGGCUCCGACACCUUGACCCGAACCGCGAGGCCUCCAAGAAGGCCAUGGAGCACAAGAAGGAAAUCGCUAAGCGGCUAGGUCGUCCUCUCAUUCAGACCAAUCCUUAUGAGGAUGUUAUAGCUUGCGAUGUUAUAAACCCUGACCACAUUGAUGUGGAGUUUAACUCCAUUGGAGGGCUGGAGGAGAUAAAGGAAGCCUUAUUUGAACUGGUGAUUCUUCCACUCAAGAGGCCGGACCUCUUUAACCAUGGGAAACUCCUUGGUCCACAGAAGGGAGUCUUGUUGUAUGGACCACCGGGUACUGGGAAGACUAUGCUUGCUAAAGCUAUUGCAAAGGAGUCUGGAGCUGUUUUCAUUAAUGUUAGGAUAUCAAAUCUGAUGAGCAAGUGGUUUGGUGAUGCACAAAAACUUGUUUCUGCUGUGUUUAGCUUGGCUCAUAAACUUCAGCCUGCUAUCAUAUUUAUCGACGAGGUUGAUAGUUUCUUAGGACAGCGCCGUACUACAGAGCAUGAAGCAUUAACAAACAUGAAAACUGAGUUCAUGGCUUUGUGGGAUGGGUUUACUACAGACCAAAAUGCUCGGGUUAUGGUUCUUGCUGCUACUAAUCGUCCAUCAGAGCUUGAUGAAGCAAUACUUCGGCGUCUUCCUCAGGCCUUUGAGAUUGGGAUGCCCAGUGCAAAGGAUAGAGCUGAGAUAUUGAAAGUAGUCUUGAAGGGUGAGAGAGUUGAAAAUAACAUUGAUUUUGAUCGUUUAGCUGCCUUGGCUGACGGGUACACUGGUUCAGACCUACUUGAACUCUGCAAGAAAGCAGCCUAUAUCCCAAUUAGAGGUUUACUAGAUGAAGAGAAGAGAGGGAAAAAAGCUUCGGCACCAAGGCCAUUAUCACAGAAGGACUUGGAGAAUGUUCUUGCAACUUCCAGGCAUACAAAGGUUGCUGCAAAUGAGUAUUAUACAGGAUUGAACUUGCCAUCAUCACCAAGGUUGUCAAGGAACAGGGAUUCUGUUGAGAUUCCAGCUCAAGCUGCAAUUAAUGAGCUCUCUAGGCUUGUGGUUUCCCAGAUAUUGAAUAUUCAAACCGAUCCCCAGGACCCGUAAAGUCGUAGCUCAUCAACCCCAAGCCACAGGUCCCCUAUGACUGACAUUUUCCAUUCAGCAUUGUCAUACUGUGGCAGUAGUAUCCUCUUCAAUCCUUUAUUAGGUUUUGUAUAAAUCAUCCAAGUUCUCACGGAGUUCCAUAUUCUUGAAUGCCUAAUAUCAGAUUUUGAUUUAGCAAGCUAAAAGCAACAUGAUACAAUGAUAAAUAUCAUACUCUUUUGUAUUGCUUAAAGUUAGAUGUUUGGAAAUUAACCAUUUUCUAUUA